GUAGCUUUGUCUGCUAUUCAUAUAUUUUAUCCACCACGUAUAUAACCGGCAAAAUUGAGAGCGUAUGAUAGCGCAACAAUAAUAUGUGGUGGGGAACUUCGUGAAGUUAGUCGUAUUGCGCGAAUCGAGCAUGAUCUCUCGUUGAACGAAUAAUAAAUAAUGUGAUUAUUAAUCUAGGGAAUUUGUCAGUUAUUCCGCAACGUUCCGAAGCACAUGUUGAAAUACUGUUUCUACUGUUAUAUUCCGUGCGUUUGGUAGCAGACGCAGCCUUUUCUAGGGUAACCGAAGGUGCAAUGAGAAGUUUGUAAAUUUCGUUAUUAUAAGAUUUAAGUUUAUAUAUUAGAAUCAACAUGAUUUCAAAGGCUGCAGUAGGUAUUGCUGUUGGAAUAGCUGGAAUAUUUGUUGGAUACUGCUUUUACUUCGAUCAGAAACGUCGUAGUGAUCCGGAUUUCAAAAAGAAAUUGCGUGAACGUAGGAAAGCUAAGAAGCAAGCUCAAAAAGCUAGUUCAAAGAUUCCAGACUUAAAAGAUCAUGAAGUUGUACAAAAGUUUUUCUUACAAGAGGUUCAACUUGGAGAAGAACUGCUCACAUACGGAGAUAUAGAAGGUGGAAUUGAACACAUAGCAAAUGCAGUCGCAGUUUGUGGACAACCCACACAGUUAUUGCAAGUUCUUCAGAAAACACUGCCACCACAAGUUUUUCAUCUUUUAUUGCAACGAUUACCUGCUAUUAGCCAGAAACUAUCUCAAUCUGCAAUGGCUGAAGAAGAUGUUGAAUAAAAUAAUAUUCAAAAUUACGUUGAAUUUUAAAAUAAAAUCUAACUAUUAGUAA